AUGGGGUUGGCACAGCAGCGGUGCCAUUGUUUGGUAGAGUGCAUUCCUGUGCCCCAAGAAAUUGCAAAGCAGGCACCUGUUUACUUCAAGAAGGCAAUCGAUGAAGCUGAAGAUGAAUGGAGUCAACACAACGCAAAGAAGCUCAUUGAUACAAGUGAAAAGGGUCUGCGAGGUUCGAUCCCCAAGAAUUUCCCGUAUUUCCAUGUUGAAUUUGGAUUGCAAAGGGGGUUUGUUCAUGUAAUUGACGACGAGAAAGAAUUUAAGAGCAGCUUUGGGCUCAAUGUAAUAAGAGGUAUGCUACGUCUGCCAGCCGAGGACAUGCAUCGCCGUCGGAAGCAUGAAUCCGUGGAAACGCAGAAGCAAGCUGCCACAAGUUUUGCUCGGGAUUGGGAACCUUUUGACUGGACAAAACAACUGGACUAG